AAUGACUCACGGACUCAGUAAUAAAUUUACUAAAAAAGAAGAAGUCUUAUUUGACGUUUCACAAAUAAGGUUAGGGAUGUAUAAAAAUUAUUAAAAAUAUACUUUUACAAAUUAAUCCAUAAUUUACUUCGGCAAAAAUGUCAGCAAAAACUGUGGCCACUGCAACAGUGAGAGCAGUUAAAAGGAGAAGUUUGUUACCCACUCGGGCAGCAUUACUUCUGACCCCGUCUGCAGUUAACAGGAUAAAGGAUAUUUUAAAGGAUAAAAAGCAAUAUAUUGGACUAAAAAUUGGAGUGCGACAAAGAGGCUGUAAUGGAUUGUCAUAUACUUUAGAUUAUGCUGAAAAGAAGGGAACAAUGGACGAGGAGGUGAUUCAAGACGGUGUAAGAGUUUUCAUUGACAAAAAAGCACAGUUGACACUACUAGGUACCGAAAUGGAUUUCGUAGAGAGCAAACUUAGCUCAGAGUUCGUUUUUAAUAAUCCAAAUAUAAAGGGAACCUGUGGGUGUGGAGAAUCUUUUAGUGUAUGAAACCAAAGGAAAUUAAAUAAAUAAAUAUAUGUGUGAUAUAUUGUAGCUUAUAGUAACUAAAAAUAAAUUAUAGUAAACUGUUAA